AACAUCCUGACCGCGAUGCCUCGAGGAUUCUUGGUGAAGAGGAACCGGCGCUGCGCUCCGUCGUACCGGGCCCGGAGCCACAGUGAGAGCGGAGCCCGCCGGUUCACCUCUGCGGCGGACGAGGUGUUGAGCGUGCUCCCGUUUGAGCGUCCAGCGGACGGGCUGCUCCCGGUGUCCCGCGACGACUCCGCCACCGUCAGAGACGCGUGGAGCCCGCACGUGGAGUCCGCGCUGGAGGCGGAGGCGGACCGGCGCGCGCAAUUACCGGAGACCGAGGAGCAGGUGAGCGAGGUGGACGUCCUGACUCCGGACAGCGACUUCUCCUGCUUCUUCCCCCCUCCUCCUCCUCCUCCUCCUCCUCUGCCCCCACGCGACUACACGCCCACGGAGCCGGUCGGCACGAGACUGCUGGGACUCCACGCGGAGGCGGAGAAGCAGCCGCUGUUCCCCGGCAGGUGUCUGACGUCCUCCCCGGCGCUGCCGUUCCUCGUGAGCCCCGCGCAGACCUCGGUGUCCAUCGAGAGGCUCCUCGCGAGCAGCGGCGCGUCCUACGGGCUCACCGACAAAUACGAGCCCAGUCACGUGCACCUGUUCCCGUCGCUCACACUGGUCAACCACGAGCAGCAGCAGCAGCAGCAGCAGCACGCGGCGAGGAAGCGCUCGUUCCUGGAGCAGGACCAGCGCGUGAACGGCCACAGACACGCCAAGCAGCCCGCGAGCGCCCCGUCCAAGAAGCCCAAAGCCAACCGGAGGCUGGCCCUCGAGGACGAGGUCACGACCUCCCCGGUGUUGGGUCUGCGGAUCAAGAAGGAGAGUCCCGAGCUGAGGCGGCAGCGCGAGAGCUGCGGCUCCUCCGGGGCCCGGCCGCUGGGAGAGUUCAUCUGCCAGCUCUGCAAGGAGGAGUACCCGGACCCCUUCUCCCUCGCGCAACACAAGUGCUCCCGCAUAGUGCGCGUGGAGUACCGCUGCCCCGAGUGCGACAAAGUCUUCAGCUGUCCCGCCAACCUGGCGUCGCACCGCCGCUGGCACAAACCGCGUCCGGUGACCGGCCCGGCGCGAGAGACGCCGGCGGGCAAGGGCCAGCCGCUGAGAGAGGCGCGAGGGCCGGUGGAGACGGAGGGCAAAGAGAACGAGCUGCUGCGCGUGAACACCAACCAGCACCACGGCGCGCCGGACAGCUCCCGAGUCAGGCGCGAGCCCUCCCACCUGCUGCUCCACGGCCGGUCGCGGGACAGCUCCGACAGCGACGGCCUCGCGCCCCCUCACUACGACGCCUCACUGCAUUACCGGAGCCCGUCGGACCCGCAGCAGCAGCAGCAGCAGCAGCAGCACGUGAGGGCAGCAGACAGUCCGCCCGCGAGCCUGCUCCUGUUGAACGGCAGCCCGGAGGAGCGCGCGGACUUGGCGUCGCUCCCGCGCGCUCCUCUCCCGUUCGUCCAGUCGUUACCGGAGGACGAGGUGCACGAGUGCCGGUACUGCGGGAAGAAGUUCCGCAGACAGGCUUACCUGAAGAAACACCUGGCCGCGCACGAGAUGACAGCGCGAGCCUCCCCAAACCCGACACCUUACGGACAGGCGCGAGAGACAAGCGCGGGACAGGGACAGGUGUUCUUGUGUCACCUGUGCGGCGCGCGCUUCCCGUCGGUCGAAAUCAGGGACAAGCACCGUCUGUGGCACGCGAUGAGGGACGAGAUACUGGCGGGGACACUGGGAGGGACACUGGGAGGGACACUGGGAGGAGGACUCAGACCAGACGGGUUCCACGCGCAGGGAGGCGAGAGCGGCUCCGGGGAGUGCGAGCAGCAGAUUUUCACGUGCACGCUCUGUCCGUCCACUUUCUUCAGCUCCCCGGGGCUCGCGAGACACAUCAACAAGUCUCAUCCCACCGAGAACCGGCAGGUGAUGCUGCUGCAGAUGACCGUGAGACCGUGAGACCGCGAGACCAAGGACACGAGCAGGGCCACCGUGGUCCGUGCAGGCAGACGGGGGACAUGGGACCAGUAUGGUUACUCUACUGGUCCAGUUGGGUUUCAGGAUGCGGGUCACGGGUGAGUUGUGUUUAGAGCUCGGUCAGUUAUGAUAUGAUAACCCCAGAACAAUGCAGACAGUCUGUGGUAAAGGGACCGAGGAGCCAUUUAAACAGCAGAGCUCUAGGAGAACCUGGACCUGUCCCUGGUGCUGAAACCAGUACAGACAAAACUCAAACCCCUGACACUUGUGUUAUCUUCCACAGGUUGUUCAGUCUUUACUACUGCUUUGGAGAAAAUAAAAAAAGGCAUUUUAAUUAAUUGGCCAGAUGACAGAUAUAGAUAUGAAAUGAUAUAAUAAAAUAA